AUGUGUGCCGGCGCAGCCAAUCACUGCCGCGGGGAGCGCUGGGGGCUGCUCGCGGGCGCCUUCGCGAUUGGCCGCUCGCGGCCGAUUGACGUGACAACAGUGCCGGCGACAGGCGGAAUGAAGGAAGAAGGUUCGUUUGCGCAGAGCCCCGCGGGCAGGAGGAAAGGCACGAGGAGGCCGGGGAGCUGGGGACACCCCUACCGCUCGAAUCAGCCCCAGCCCGAGGGGGCGGGUCUGUGCCAACUGCACGUCGUGGAGCUGGACAGCCAAUGGGAGCUCGGGGAUCUGUAUGGAUGGGCGUGGGGAGAACUCCGCCAUUCCAGCGCCACCGAGGAUGACCCGCCGCGCAGCCCGACUCUUGCCACCCUCGGCCUCCUCACCGCCCUGGGGCUGCUGCUGGACUCAGGUGACUGCCAGCUGCAAACAACUUGUUGAAUCCAGAAGUGCACCACUGAUUUUGUAUUCUUAACUUCACAUCUAAACUUGGCUCUUGAGGGCUUUGAUUUGGAAUUCUGCAAGGCCCUGCGAGCAUACUCUGCCUGCACCUAUCACAGUUCUAAAAUAUGCCGUGGAAACCUAGUCUACUAUUCUGCAGUGCUUGGAAUCAGUGACUUCAUGAGCCAGAGAAACUGUUCCAAAGAUGGACCCACAUCUUCCACCAACCCUGAAGUGACCCAUGAUCCUUGCAAUUACAGUGGCCACACAGAAGCCAGAGAACAUCAGGCAGUGGAGAAUACUACUACUACUUACCUGUUUUGUGGGUUGUUUGGUGAUCCUCAUCUGAAGACUUUUAAGGAUCACUUACAGACUUGCAAAGUGGAAGGUGCUUGGCCUCUUAUAGACAGUAAGUACUUAUCAGUGCAGGUGACUAAUGUGCCUGUGGUCCCAGGAUCCAGCACUACUGCUACAAAUAAGGUGUAGAUUGUUCUUAAGCACUGUGCAUACAUACAAAAGCAUGAGUUGGGGACAACUAUCAAACUGGAAGGUAGUGGGCAGUCCCAGCAAGCAGUGACUGAUGACUUAGCUGCAGCUUUUGUUGGUGGUACAACAAGUGGACUUGAUGGGUACACUAAGAGCUUGCGAAUUGUGGAGAAAGUCAGUGGCAAAUACAUCAAAAUGCACACCAGGUACAUUGGAACCACGGUGUAUAUACUCCAGCUUGGGCACUACUUAACAUUGGCCAUUCGCAUGCCUCAAGAGUUGAUCAUGGCCUACGAGGAGAGUCAGGAUCUGCAGCUGUGUGUGAAUGGUUGUUCUUCAAGUGAACGUAUUGGUGGUAGUGGCCACUUACCGUUGCCUGUGAUGGGGCAGUUACUCCCUCAGUGUGGUAGUGCACUGGAAACUGCCACCACCAAAUGCCAUGAGAAGAUGCUGGUGAAAUACAUCUAUUUUUAUUCAUGUGUAUUUGACUUACUCGCCACUGGUGAUGCUAACUUCACGGCUGCUGCUCACAGCUUACAGGAUGUGGGGGCACUGCACCCCAGAAAAGAGCACUAGCAUAUCUGCCCCAGCAGUAGAGGUGGUGGUAUGGGCAAGGGUAGCAUAUUCUUUGUCAGUCUGGGACUUGUGUGCUUGAUCCUUGUUGUGUUUUUGUAGGGGUUUUUGUCAAUAACAAAGUUUUGAAAUAUAUAUUGUUAUAAUAUAUUGAGUAAAGGUGAGUAUAUAUGUAUAUACCAUGUAUAUGAAGGGAUGUUUUGUGUUGGGACACCCACCAGACUGUACAUAAUGUGUUAACUGUUUUCAUGUAUGUUUGAUGUAGUAUUCUUUGUAUCUAUUUGUUUUGCACUUGGUGAAAUGUUUUAUAAUGUCCCUGCAUUGGGAUAGAAAUGCAUGAUAGA